CGCAUGACAGUAUCCAUGUGUCAAGCGCUGGUCGCUCUUAAUGCAGGCACAGGAACUGUUGUUUUGUAGCAAAAUCGCACAAUGGUGCGUAUAGCUUUACAGUUCAAAGCCAAUCUGGAAAAUUUAACCAAUGUUAAGCCUGAGGGAGAAGACUUUCGUUGGUAUUUGAAGUUGCAAUGUCAGAAUUGUGGAGAAGAUACAAAGGACUGGAUUUAUAUGAGCUUAGAGGAAAGUCAAGCAGUUAAAGGAAGCAGAGGAAAAUUCAACUUUGUGUCGAAAUGUAAAUUGUGUGGUCGUGAAAAUUCAAUGGAUAUAAUUAAGGAUAGCAUCACUGAAUACACGAUAGAAGAUAGUAACACAUUCAAGACAAUGGUAGCGUUUGACUGCAGAGGACUGGAACCAUUUGACUUCUCUCCAAGGGUUGGAUUUGUGGCUGACGCUGUUGAUUCUGCAUCAAAGUUCUCAGACAUCAAUUUAACAGAGAAGGACUGGUCUGACUAUGAUGAGAAAGCUGCUGUUUCAGUAGGAAUUUACGAGGUUACUCAUCGGUUCUUGAGGCUUUAAAGACAACUUUAUUUCUCAUUCCUAUACAUAAAUCAGAUGGCAGAAUGUCUCCAUAAGGAGAAUAUGAGAAGUUUGUCAGUUCCGCACACAAUUAAAACUCAAUAUAAUAAAAACAUUUAUUGUAGUUGAAACACAAAAAGUGCAGUAUGAAAAUUUUGCAACAUACUUUGUUGGCAUUUUAAUAACUCAAAACAACAAAAAAAACCCUGUUGUUUGCCUGGCCUGGGCAAGCAUUUGUGAAAUGAGACUUUUGACUCAAAUAAUUAUCAAUAUUGUUCUCCUUCUUCUAUUUGUGAUAGUCAGUGGGUUUUAUUCCAUAACAUUACCUGAAUGUAACCUUGAGUUUUUAUAAAUAUCUAUAGUAAUAUUGUCUUCAAUGAAAUAAAUCUUAUUCUGGUCCAAA